AUGAGUUCUAAAGAUUGGGGUCUUUGUGAUUUAUGUGUCAAUAAAGACUAUGAUAUUAAUAAGAUUUAUUUAUUCGAAAGGUUGGGCUUUAAUACUAUAGCCCUUAACACUCACAUCGAAGAUUUCGACGAUGAACCUAAAAAGAAGAAAAAGAAAGGCGAAUCAAAGGAAAAGGAAGACUUUAUACCUCCACCUGUUGAUAUUACGAAAGACUCCAACAUUUCAAAAUUGAAUAUAUUACAAAGAAUUACUAUAGAUUUUUCGGAUUCCAAUGUUGCUAUUAAAAUGAAUAAAUCAGAAAAUUUAAAGAAGUACGACAUCGUUGCAGUUGUUCCCAAAACUUUGCAAUCAUUUCAAUAUGCAUGUGGAACAAUGGAUGUUGAUAUAAUAAGUUUUGAACCUGAAAGUAGGCUUCCCUUCAAAGUAAGCCGUAAACUCUAUAGACAAGCGGUUGAGAGAGGUUUAUUUUUUGAGUUAAUGUAUUCUCCAGCUAUUAGAGAUGCCACAGCAAGGAAAAAUAUAAUAAGUACAGCUCAUAAUUAUCAUGCAGUGGGUAAAUCAAAGAACAUAAUAAUUACAAGUUCUGCACAAAACUCUAUGGAAGUAAGAAGUGUACAAGAUGUAAUAAACCUUGGUUUUAUAUUUGGCCUUAGCAGUAAUGAGAGUUUAGAAACUAUACGCAGUAACACUUGUAAACUUAUUCAAAAAGCAAAAGCAAGAAAAUUUGGGAAGCAUUAUAUGGAAGUGGAAGUUAUUGAUGAAAAUAAAAACAGCAAUUAA